GGUCCUCAUUCUGCCGUGGACUAAGAGAGAAGAAGAGUCGCACUUGUUUACGGAAGUGUUGAUAACAAACACGAAAAUUGAUGACAACUUGAAUUAGUUUUUUUGUUUUUUUGCCCAUAUGUAAAUGUCUAGAAUUGAAUGGGACGUUUGUAAAAAGAAAAACAUGGAGCAUAUAUCACACACCGGGGCAGUGCUCGGAGGAAGCUCGGUCAAACGCCUUAAUAAUGGCUUCAAACCGUUGACCGUCAUGGCGCUGUCCGUAGUUGUUUCUGCCGUAGUUGUACUUGCUGUCGGUGCUUUCUACGCACUUUUGGAUCCUAUACUUCAAGAGCUGCGGGCGGGCAGAGUAAAGGAAGAAGAUGGGGCAGAAGUCAGGAUGUUAGGAUUGAGUUGCUGCGUCUUCUCAUGGACACUGACUUACCUCAACUACUACAAACCGGGCCUGGUGCCACCAACACUUCUAACACUACUGUGCAGUGACAAACACGAACGGGAUUUCCUCUUGGAUUACGGCGUCGCUCUCCUUAACGGCACCAUGGCAACGUUUACCGUCAUCUGGAACCUGACCUAACUUUGUCCGACCUUUGUGUCCAACUGUAGCGAUGCCUGUUAAACAAUGUUUUCAACAAUGAACUAUUCAAUUUGAUCUUUGUGAAAUUCUACAUUUUUUAUUGAUGUCAAUAUUGGAAUACCCUGUCAAGUAUUUUGUAACUUUUUUUGUGUUUUUUUUUGUAGAAUGCCUCAGAAGACCAAUACACCGAUAGAUACAUUGGUGUGAAAAAGUGUUUGGCCCCCUUCUUGAUUUCUUCUUUUUGUGCAUGAUUGUCACACCUACGUGUUUUCCAGCAUCAAACACAUUUAACGACAAUACAAGUACACACAAAAUGCAGUUUUAAAAUGUUUUUGUUUAAAAGAAAAUCCAAAGCUACAUGGCACUUUGUGAAAAAGUGAUUGCCCCCUAAACCUAAGCAACAACUGCAGUCAAGGGUUUGCGAUAACUUGUAAUGAGUCUCUUACAGUGCUGUGGAGGAAUUUUGGCCCACUCAUCUUUGCAGAAUUGUUGUAAUUCAGCCAGAUUGGAUGGUUUUUGAGCACAGACUGUCCUUUUUAAGGUCAUGCCACAGCAUCUCAAUAGGAUUCAGGUCAGGACUUUGACUAAGCCACUCCAAAGUCUUGAUUUUGUUUUUCUUCAGCCAUUCAGAAGUGGACUUGGUGUGUUUUGGAUCAUGUCCUGCUGCAGAACCAAAGUUAAUUGCAGCUUGAGGUCACAGAUGGCUGGACAUUCUCCUUCAGCAUUUAUUUUUUUGGGGGGUAGACAGCAGAAUUCAUGGUUCCACUUAUCACAACAUGUUUUCCAGGUGCUCAAGCAGCAAAACAGUCCCAGACAAUCAUACUACCACCACCAUAUUGUACUGUUGGUAUGAUGUUUUUCUGGAAUGCGGUGUUACUUUGACACCAGAUGUAAUGGGACACACACCUUCCAAAAAGUUUUUUACUUUUGUCUUGUCAAACUAGAGUAUAAUGUGGCUCUCACUGUGAUUCGCUGGAGUCCCAAAGCUUGAGUCAUGACUUAAUAACAUUUUCCACACUGAUAGAUCUCAAUGACUUUCUUUCUCAUUUGUUCCUGAAUUUCUGUAGCUCUUAGCAAGAUGUAUAGCUUUUGAGGAUCUGCUUUUGAGGUCGACUCAUCUUUGUCAGGCAGGUCCUAUUUAAGUGAUUUCUUGAUGAAGAACAGGUGUGGCAGUAUCAGGCCUGAGUGUAGAGAAAUUUAACUCAAAUAUGAUAAACCAGUUAUGUUUCAACAGGAGGGGCAAUCACUUUUUCACACAGGGCCAUGGAGGUUUGGAUUUUCUUUCACCCUUAAUAAUAAAAAUUAAAAAUUGCAUUUUGUGUUUACUUAUGUUGUCUUUGACGAUGGGAAACAUUGACGUGUGAUAAACGUGCAAAAACCCUUUCACACCACAGUUGGUAUGUCGGUAGGCAUACUCAUUAAUAAAGAAACAACCAAUGAAAUGAGGACAAAAACGAGAGCAGUAUUGAGAUGGAAUUAAAGUACAUUUAACUGUAACCUUAGCAAGUAAGAUUACAAAAAACAAAAAAACUUUACCUUAUUUCAGAUUUCUGUUCUGAAGCUCAUAAUAGUGACAUGGACACACAGAACCACACACACAAACAUUUCACUACCAAUUCAAUACCAUUUACCAAAUACACAGUAGUAAAUGCUAUAUGAUCUUUGGCUGUGACUUCUAAUUUUAGCCACACAAAACACAUUGUGUUCAUAUUUAAAAAAAAAAAAAGGUGAAGGAGGAGAGCAUGAGAAAGUCCACACACAGUAUUGCUUUCAAAUCUAAGGCCUCAAACUGGUUCAUAUAAAAUUGUAGUGUACUGUAUUUAGCAAUAGCACAUUUUAAUGUAUCAGUGCAGUCAGUUUAAUACUGAAACUUAUGAUUGUGUUUCGUGAGUGAAAGAAGUGCUGAGUCAAAUGUAAACAAGCAAAAAAAAAAAAAAACGGUAGUUUGCUGUGUUGGAUGACCUACAAUAGACUGUCGAAAAAAAGUACGUCCAUAUUACGUGCUGUCUGUGUCUACUGGACUUCUGGACAGGACCUCUUGCUCAGCGUGCCGCCUCAUGGACAGUUUGCAAAGCCCGGCGAAGAGGAACACAGUAGAGAUGACAGCAAAGUAGCCGCCGUAGACGUAAAACUGAUGAAGAAGGCAUCAACUACAUUUGACGUGAAUCCCUGCAAUUCAUGGAGGAUAGAUACCUAGCCCCAGCUGCCACGAAUAGCAAAAAUCCACAAAUAAAUGACAGCCACACUAAUUAUAUUAUAUCAAAUCCUAUAGAGGUCAUGAGAUGGCAGCAAAGCACUAUUUUUGUCAAAAAAAAACAACUCACUUCAACGUAACUCCUUUGGGAAAACUUAAAUGACCCAAAAAACUAUUUUUGGGGCAUAGUUUGACCAUUUUUCAUUGUCGGCAAAUAAAUGCUAAAUUACAAUAUUUGUUUUGGGGUGUUAUGUUGUCAGGAGUUUAUUGAAUAGUGGUCUUAAAUUUUUUCCAGAGCUGUA